UCCAGAUUUUGACCCAAUCCGUUUCCCUUCCCGACAUUUAUAUGCAGAGCUAUUGGCUAGCACUUAGAGACGCUCAAUCUGGAAGUGGCGCACUCGCGGUUCUCCGCUCCCACCGCUCCUUCCACAUGCGUCACUACUACGCUUUAAGUCCCUAGAAAGCCAACGCGCUCUCACCUCUCUCUUCACCAUCACUCUUCCUCCUCACGCAUCCUCCUACCCUCACGUCUCACACAACACUCUGCCAAACCACAAUACUUCAGACUCCUUUUACUCGCGAGCUCUGAUCGUCGCCUUCUGCCUUCUUCUUCAACAUCAAGAAACGAGAUCUCCGGUCCAAGGACGUCGCAGGCUCCCGAGGAAUCAGCAUGCCUGCGCAACUUCAGCCCAUCAGGCGCGUUCGGUGCACCUACGAGGACUGCCCGGCAUCUUUCAACACGGACAAGGAGAUGAAGGCACAUAAGCUGAGCGUCCCAGAACACGACUACUGUCAAAAAUGCGACAAAGACUUUCCCGACUACGACGCCUACGUGCAUCACAAGACUCUUGACCCAUACAAACACAAUAAAGCCUGCCGAGUCUGUGGAGAGGAGUUUAGGAGCGUACCGGGCCUGAAGCGUCACAUAGAGCUGCGGCAUAAAGUCAAUCAAGAACUGCCCUGUCUCGGCUGCAAGGCAACCUUCUUCAGCCCAUCCCAGAUGAUCGAACAUCUCGAAUAUGGACACUGCCACGUGAUCUCCGCGCAGGAGUUCCAAGGAUACAUAGUUCACAAGCAUCUCAUUGCCGAGAUCCUCAAGGGUGGACCCGCUUACGAACGUUUUGUGCAGAAGAUCAACCUCUAUCGACCGACUGUCGACGAUGAUGUAGAGGGAGGUGUCGAUCUUCUGGAUACCCCUAGCGACCAUGCUCCCGUUGGCAUCGACCAGGCGUGGGAGGUUCUCCAACCAACCAAGAUUGACAAUACCACACUGAACAAGCUAGAAGCCUGCGAGAACUAUCCCCCACUUCCACCUUCUUCGAUAGCCACCCGAUCGGAAUUCGACCUCUCAUCCAGGUUCGGAGACAUGGCUUUGGAUGACGAUACUCGGUCCGUUGCCGCCUCGAGCACCGUAGUCGGGAGAAGAACACCAAUUGCGCAUGAGGUAUCUUCAGUUUGGGCAAAUGGGAGCUCUGCGAAGACUCUCUUUCCUCACGCCCAGCCCACUCCUGCACCUAGCGAGUGGUCGAUCCAGGAAUAUGAUCAGCAGAAACAGAUGACGGAGGGCAUCAACAUUCUCAGCACACGCUUCUGGGAUCCGCUCAGCGACGAUUGGGAACCUGAAAACUUCCUCGAACCCGUCACCCAGAAGUUCCUCUGUCCUUUCCCUUGCGAAUGUAGCUUUGACAUUCCCAGCGACCUUAGCAACCACAUCAUCUCUGACCACCGCAUCAUCCGCAUGCGCUGCCCGUCGUGCCUGAAGCUCUUCCAAUCCUGCUCCGCCCUCGUUGGUCACUGCGCCUCCAGCACCACGAAAUGCCGCAUCCGCAAAGCCGACAACUUCGGUACCUUUCUGGACAGGCUCACGGGAGGAUUCCUCGGCGUUGAAGAGGAGAUUCGUCCAGACCACAAGGACCAGCAGUACACUUUUGUGGUCGAAAACCCGUAUACGAAGCAACCGGAGAAGUAUCAGCCGACUGUUGCUACGUAUUUGAAGUACACGAGCACGAAGCCGGCCGCGUUCAAGGAGCCGGAAUCGACGAUUAUUAUUGGAGGUCCGUCCAGUGAGAGAAAGAAUCCACUUAAUGGGUGAGGGGGGGAUAAGGUCAGCUACGUGUUCACCGACUCGCUGGCUUCCAUGCACUGGAGAUGGUGCUUUGACCUGAGUAUCAUCCGUCUCAACAUUUUCUUCUCAAAAAGCAGGGCGAUAAUCCAGGAUUUAGGAGCUUAUGCAUUGACUGCUGGGGUAUGAUGAUCGGGUUUCUUUUCCCUUUUUCCCUUUUUCCCUUUUUUUCUUAAUUACUUCUGAUCAGAGAGAGAUUUGCCUCAAGGCAGGGAAUGGCACAAAGGAGGAGGGAUAUGACCUUCAUCUGGGCUAUUCAACAUGUCACUCAGCUUUGAGGGAGCAAUAUGAGGUUGGAGAGUCUUCCAGUUGCGGGUGCUCCGGUUCUUUUCUCUUUCUCACGGUCUCAACUUCUGCUCUAUGACAACUAUAGUAUACUCCAUACCCUAGCGUGUUUCUCAAUGCCAUUGAAUUCGAGAUCGGAAAUAGUGGCACUUGAUAAAGCUUGCGCCACC